CUGUAAACCUGCUCUCUUCGUCUCUUUGAUUUCAAACAAUUUUUCUCUAUCUCUUUUCUCUCUUAAUUUCAAGCUUCAAGCCUACGUUGGUCGUCGUAUUUUUUGUUCUACUCAUGAAUAUCUCUAUAACCUCUAUCUAGACUGUUGUCCAAGGAAUAUUUACAUACAUAAUACUUCAAUACCAAAUUAAAGGCCAAACUACAGAGUCACGAAGCUACUCAAAGCUGCGUGCUUCAGAGACAAUCGAGCGCCAUGUGGGGUCCACGGAAAGACCAUCAACAGGAUGGUGAAAACGAACGAGCGUCUCAGACCGAUCGCGCCUCAUCGAGAAGAAGUCAUGAUACUCAUGAGCGACAGGAACCGAAUGAGAGGACGAGGUUGCUUGAAAACCGGCCUCGACCUCCGAACUCUGAUGGCUACCUAGACCCAGACGACCCAGCUGUAUCACCGUACAAUCUCUGGUCCGUCCGAUUCCUUCGCUACUUCACAGUCCUCUUUCUAGUCGUCUCCUUCCUGUGGUGGGUGCUACUGCUGGUAUCCCUCUUCGUAUCUCCACCAGGAAUGCACUCCCGCGGGUCCGGCUUCUUCGACUUCGCAUUCACCUGUCUCACGAUCGGAAACCUGCUGGUGGCAGUCAUCUUCUUCGUCUCCCCCGCCAAAGCUCUACGAAUCACGACAUCCAUCAUCGCCGUCCUCCUCCUCAUCGACAUGAUCAUCAUCCUCAGCGUGCCUCGACUCCGCCUCGAGGAAGGGUGGGUCGGCAUCGCGUCAGUCGUCUGGGCCGUCGUCAUCGCCUUCUGGUGCAUCAUCACCGACCGCGUCGUAGCCUGGGGCAAGCGGGAAGAAGAACAGCGGCUCACCGGCCGCCCAGAAACCCGCCGCACGCUCAAAGAAUGGCUCGCCGUCCUCGUCGCCACGAUCCUAACCGCCAUAUUCAUCAUCCUCGUCCUCCUCAUGACCGCCACCCUCACGAUGCGGGCCCAAGACGCCUCGCUCAAGAUGUACGGCGAGCGGAUCCUCGUCGACGGCGACAAAUACUCCGUCCACCUCGCGUGCGUCGGUAACUCCACCGCCACCGACACCUUCGGCAACAAAGCCCCCACGAUCCUCCUCGAGGCCGGCGAGACCCCCGCGGAAUACGACUUCGAGCACUGGGCCUACGCCGCGUACCAGAACGGAACCAUCUCGCGAUACUGCUACUGGGACCGCCCUGGCUACGCCUGGUCCGACAACGCACCCUCCCCGCACUCCGCCGGCAUGUCCGCAGACGCCCUUUCCGAAGCGCUCGCCAAGUCAGGCGAAGAGGGCCCGUGGAUCCUCGUGGGCGCGGGCACCGGCAGCAUCGUGAGCCGCAUCUUCAGCAGUCGGCACCUGAAGCAGGUGGUCGGCAUCAUGCUGGUCGACGGGUGGCACGAGGAUCUCCUCCACCGGAUCGGGGAGCCGGGGCGCGGGUUCCUGCUCUGGGCCUGGGGCAUCAUCUCGCCGUUGGGGAUCGAGCGGCUGGGCGGCGCGCUGUUCAAGGGCCGCACGAGCGCGGACCGCGUCUACGGGAAGUAUGCGUACCAGGGUGGCAAGUUCAUCAAGGCGCAGCUGCAGGAGAAUCUCGUCGCGGACUCGCUGUCGAAGAACGAGGUCGUGUCCGCGAGGAACAUACAGUCUGUGGAUACGCCGCUCGCGAUCGUCAGCUCGGGGAUCAGGUGUCGCACUGAUGGGGAGUGGGAGCGCAAGCAGAAGGAUCUGUCGACGUUGACGGAUAACCUUGUCGGCUGGGACGUCGUUAACAAGGCGCCGCAUCAGGUGUGGCGGACGCUGGAGGGACGGACGGCGAUGGAGAAGCGGCUGGGGGAUUUGGUCAAGGCGGCGAGGAAGGUCAAGACGCCGCUUGAUGUUGAGUGA